GUAUUGAUUCGAAAAAAUGGGUAGAUCGGAGAGAUGCGUUACAAUCAUUGCUUACUCUUUGCACUGAGAAUCCGAAACUCUGUCCAAAAGCUAAUUAUGGAGAAUUUGUAGCCUUACUUAAGAAGAUUUUGGAGAAAGAUGCAAAUAUUAAUGUUUGUGCUCUGGCAGCUCGAUGUCUAACGGCAUUUGCAACAGGUUUACGUAAAAAAUUUGCACAAUACGCAACCAUGGUUGCACCAACGAUAUUUGAAAAAUUCAAAGAAAAGAAGCCGGUUUUGAGAGAUCCACUCAUCGAUUGCAUUGAUGCUGUUGCUGCUUCGACCACUCUGGAAGCGUUAGUUGAAGACAUCCAAGCAGCUCUUGAUAAGCAAAAUCCUCAUAUCAAAAUCCAAACAAAUCUUUUCCUAUAUCGAGUUUUCAAGCGACAUAAUCCACAAACUGUCCCUAAAAAAGUUUUGAAAUCACUGGCUCUAACAAUCGUGAAACUCACUGGUGAUUCGGAUCCUGAAGUACGGGAUGCUUCCUAUGCUGCAUUAGGUGCUGCUAUGAAAGCUGUUGGUGAAAAGUCCUGUAUGGUUUUACUUGCCGAUAUUGCGGAAGACAAAGUGAAAAUAACAAAAAUCAGAGAUUUCUGUGAGAAGGCAAUUCAAGAAGCUGGUACAGAUGUUGUUUCAAUUAUGGUACAAAGCAUGCAUAAAAGCAAUCCUCUGAAACCGCCAGCGCCAGGUGUAGGAAAUUCGAAUGUUGGUGGAAAAGCACGUUCAAAGGAGGUCAUAGAAGAUAAUGUGGAAGAGAAGGCAUCAAAGUCAUCUAAGAAAGAAUCAGAAGCUAUAAAGGAACCUGAAGAAUUGAUGAAACCGAAGGAUGAGUUCCUGGUGAUUAACAAAGACAAAGGAAUCAGGUUAAAGGAUGAAAGGAACCUUCGGGCAUGUUUUUUCGUUUCUGUCCUCAAAUGGAACUUCGAUCAACCUGGUUUUGAGCAUGUCGAGCAGCUAAAAACAUUGCUGGGUAAUGUCAUGCAAGCAUCUUUGUUAAUUUUUCUUUUUAACAAGGAUUUCAAACAACAGCUUAAGGGAAUCGAUAUCUUACAGUCGCUCGUCACUGACUGUCCAGAAUCCUUAAUAUCAAAUAGUGAUUUACUACUGAAAUGGAUUUCAUUGCGAUUUUUUGAAACGAAUCCAACGGUUCUGCUGAAAGUGCUUGAUUUAACGCAGGGAAUAUUCAACCUUUUGUUGCAAUAUAACGAACCUUUUUCGGAACAAGAGAUGUACUCUUUUGUUCCAUAUUUACUUCUAAAGUUAGGAGAAGCAAAAGAUUCAGUACGCACACCAGUUCGUACUAUAAUCCAACUGGUCACAGAAUUGGUCAGCCCUCCAAAGAUAUUUCCACUUAUAAUUGAGGGCCUGAAAACGAAGAAUUCAAGACAACGGACAGAAUGCCUACAAGUUUUAGAACAAUUACUUGAUACGACGGGAAUGGCCGCCACUACAACACCAGCUCAGUCAUUAAAACAAAUCGCAGCAUGUAUUGAUGAUCGUGAUAAUAAUGUACGUAAUGCGGCAAUUAAUGCUAUCGUAGUAGCUUGGAAAGAAGAAGGUGAUCGAGUUUUUCAACUUAUCGGUAAAAUGAAUGACAAAAGUAAAGCGAUGCUGGAUGAGCGUAUAAAGCGAAGUGGUGUGGUUUCGAAGGCACGAGGAGGCCCAGAACGAGUUGGUGCCUCAGCCAAGCGUAAUGCAAAUAUUUCUGUCGGCAUUAAAGGUAGAGGACUGAGAAGUGAUCGGUCAUCAAGUAGAAUGGGUAGAAAUACUCAUAGAAGUAACAGCGUUUCUCGUGACUCCAGCCCAGUUGAAGAAAAAGAAAACAAUCGCACAUUUACAAUGCAGAGAGGAGAUACUGCUGAGCAUGGUGAUGAUAAUGAUGGAACUCGUAAACGUUUCGCUUUGAAUUUAGAUCUUUUGAAACUUGAUAACAAUAAUGGAGCUGUGGAAUAUCCCGAAGUUGAUAUCAAUACGUUGGAAUUGUUGGAACCAAUUGAACCAGCUAUUCGUAAGCGCAAACAUCCACCACAAUAUCCAGACCGGGCAGAAUCUGUCAGUUCAUUGACUUCCUUGGAAUCUGCAGCGGGCGAUGUAGACAAGGUUGUGCAUGGUGUGGCUUCAAUGUCACAAGCAACUGCAACAGCAGCUAUUAGUCAGUUACAAUUUUUAUUCGGUGAUCCGAGUAAUUUUCGUUAUGUUGCUGAUCGAACUGAUGCUGUUGUACAGGCUAUUGUAACGCAGUCUUCCAUUAUACGUAGUCGUCAUCUCGAUGAUGUCAGCGCGUUAGAUGAACUAAACGAGCUCGUCCGAACAAUAUGCCAUUUUUUAAGCUCGCUUAUCAAGGAAACAGCAACAUGCUCACGAAUUUCAUCUGAAGCUUUGAAAAUGCUUAUACAAGAAUUUCUCUAUCUUUUAAAAGAUGAACGAAUGGAACAGUUAAAAGAUAUUCAAUCUAUAUUUCGUUCACUUAAUUACUUGUCAAUUCGAAUAUGCGAUAACGCCGAUCCAACUGCUUGUUUCCUUGCGCUUUGUUCAAUGUUAACAUCUGCUUUGCACGAUCCGCGAAAUAAAACUGUCGAACUUAUAAAUAAGUGUAUUUACAAACAAUCCGAGCUAUUCCUCCGUGAUGUGCCUAUGAAUUUGGAUGAGAUCGUGAAAGCAAUACAUAUUUUCAUGCAGGAAUUCCGUCCUCGAGUAGACGAAAAUAAAAAUAUCAAAAAUUCCUUGCAUUCAAUGGAAUUAUGUAUACAGCGUUUGGUAGCAGGAACGAAAUCACUGGUGAUACAACACAUUGGAGAAAUACCGAAUCCUGAUUCAAGCGAUGCUGUAAUUUACAUGAGGAAGUGUGUCCGUGGCUUGCAAAAUAGAAGUAAUCAAAAUAGCUUAGCAUCAUCAACGUGUGGAGAAUUGCCUGGACAGGUGCUGUCUUCUAAUUAUGAAGAAUCAAUACGAAAUCUGAUUUCGAAAAUUAUUGAGAAUCCAUUUGGGAAGGGUCUACGACUUUUGCACACAUUUCUGAAGAUGAAUCCGGAUGCCCGGAAGAUCUUGGAGGAGGAGCUGAAGAAACAUUUUCGCAUGCGGGAUUUCAUUACUCUUCAUUUGAAAAAGAUGGAUUUAGAAGAUCGUGAAACACCAGAGGUCACUGAUGAAUUAUAUAAUGUAAUGGAAUCUAUUCGUGCACAUCGUGAAGCAUUGUGUAAUUAUCGGCAAACAGGUUGGUGGACUGGCAGUGCUACUGGAACUCUCGUUACAUCAGCUGAUGAAAAUACAAAGCCAAUGGCCGUACGUCAAGGAGCACCAGAAAAUGAACCAGUUACACCGGUACAUGCAAAACCCAAACUUACAGCCAGUGAUGUGGAACCACUGAAGCAACUACUGAAUAUGCGACGACAGCAACAAUGA